GACCGAGAGAGGCGAACGAGCGAGCAAGCAAGCAGCAACAGCAGCAUAGCUCUAGCGUUAUCGACUUUGUUGUAUUGUAAACGGGGCAGACAAGAGUCGAAGAGGUUUAUGUUACUGCUGGUUCACUUUUUAAAAAAUCGGUUUUUGGCUACACAUUCCGUUCGGUGUUAGUCUUCAGUUGUAAGUUAAAGUGUUCAAACGUCUCUCUAUAUAUCUCUCGCGCGCAGUAAGCCUUCGUGAAACAUAAUUGCAAAGACUACGCAAUUGCAGUUGAUUUUUUGUUCAAUAAUAAAGGGUGGCAUAUUGAGAAUAACAUUUGUAAACACGCUCACAAAUCUCAGCUUCAUCAUUGAGAAAGUGAUAAAUUGAGUGCAUUUUUAAUCAAGAUCCAUGUGCUUGAUCAAUUAAAUCCGGGGAUUUAGACGAAAUUCAUCAAUAAACUAGGGAAAUAAAUCACACAUCAACAUGUAUCGUACGCAAAUUGUGGUCAUAUUGCUUGUAGCAUAUAGCUUUCAGCCGAUCAUAACACUGCCUCAAGGCGCUCCAGAUUCGGUGUGCCAUUCGCUGUUACCAUUCCAUGGGGGCGGCAUUUUGCCAUCUUCAUCACGACCACCGUAUCGAAUAGUGCCACACAAUGUGGCCGUCAAUCAAGGCCAAAUCCUUCGUGUCGAAAUCGAACCACAAAUACCGGAACUCACAUUCGGUGGUUUUAUGAUUCAUGCACGAAAUAUCAAUCCACCAUAUCAAGUGGUUGGCCGAUUUGCGCCGCCAGCUGACAACCAAGCCAAACUUAUCAACUGUGGUGGUUUUGACAACACUGCUACACACACAUCACCAUCACCAAAAUCGGGUAUUUCACUGCAAUGGCAAGCACCAUCGGACUUUUUGGGUGAUAUUGUGUUCAAUGCUACAGUUGCUCAAGAAUAUGCCAAGUUUUGGGUUGGUAUCGAAUCGCCUGUGAUCAAUGUUAUUUCCCGAAAUGUUCCAGUACCAGCGUAUGGCCGACCAGUGAGCCCAUCAACCAGACGGCCACCAUACAAGGAAGCCAUUCCCAACUAUGUUCCAAUCAGCAAUGAUCAAUAUGAACGUCAAUUUGAUCCAAUCUAUGAAGGAUGCGGUGAAACGAAAUCAUGCUUUGGCUUCCCAGAUGGUUGUGUCGAUUCAAAAUCAUGUCAAACGGUUGCCACGUCAAUUGUUCGUGGCGAACGGUAUGAAUUUGAAAUUAAAUCGAGUCCAAGAGAUAAUCCAGCCUACGUGGCGGUUGCAUUGUCCAAUGAUGACAAAAUGGGUGACGAUUCGGUGAUGGAAUGUGUUCCAGAAGCUGGCCAAAUUCGUGCAUACACAUCUUGGACAAUGCCACGUCCAAAUCUUGGCGUUACGCGUCAAGGAGUUCCACAAAAUAUGAUCCGUCUUUUGGAUGCCUCGUAUGUCGAUGGUGUGAUUUACUGUCGAAUUUUGCGUGAACCACGAACAAAUAUCCUCGGCAAUAACUUCGAUUUGAUAAAUAACAAAUACCACUUGUUGGUUGCAUCGGGUAGCAGUUUGAAACCAAACAGUGUUGGCUAUCACGAUAUUGGACGCAUUGCAUCUGGAUCUCCAAGCUAUUUAGCCGAUGUCGGUGUUUUCGGUGGAGCUUCAAAGUUAUUCUUACGCUUGCAUGCUGCAUUUAUGAUAACUGCAUGGAUUGGAACGGCUUCGAUUGGCAUUUUGCUAGCACGUUACUUCAAACAAACGUGGGUCGGAAGCCAGUUGUGCGGCAAGGAUCAAUGGUUUGCUUGGCAUCGAAUGUUCAUGAUCCUAACAUGGGCAUUGACAAUAGCUGCAUUUGUGUUGAUUUUCGUUGAACUUGGUGCCUGGUCAGCCGAAGAUAAUCCACAUGCUAUUCUUGGAACGAUAACAACAAUUGUUUGUUUCCUGCAACCAUUCGGCGCUUUAUUCCGUCCAGCUCCAACUUCCAGCAAACGUCCCAUCUUCAAUUGGCUCCAUUGGCUUGGUGGCAAUGUUGCACACAUUCUUGCAAUUGUGACGAUCUUCUUUGCCGUGAAAUUGACUAAAGCCGAACUCCCAAGUUGGUUCGAUUGGAUUCUCGUUGCAUUCGUUGCCUUCCAUGUGAUCGUUCAUUUGGUGCUUUCGAUUUUCUCUUGGAUUCAGAUUUGUGGCUGUGUCAGCGAACGAAGCGCUCAACGUGUCAACAAUUUCCCAAUGGCUGAUAUGUCACCAUCCCGAAGCAGUAUGAAAGAGCGCAAAUUGGAUGCACCGUUCUCGGGAUUGCGUAAAAUCAUUCUCACGAUUUAUUUAGUCAUUGUGAUAAUGUUCGUGGUGGUUCUCGUAUUGAUUGCUGUAUUCGCACCAAUUCAAGAUGCCAUUAAAUCACUGCAAAAUAUGAGUGAAAACUAGUUCUAGCCAUAAACAAAACAAAAACAAAACAAUCGUAAAUGCAUAGUAAACAUGUAUACACUACUAGAUCAGAUAUGAUAUUAUCGGUUUAGAUUCGCUGCAAGAAUGAACAAUAGCUUUACAAACAAAAAACCCAGCAGCAGUAACAGAAGACAUGGCAAGCGACACCAUUGAAAUGAGUCGCAUAUUUAUUUCUAAAUAAUGAUACACCGAAACUAGAACAAAGACCUGUAGUCCGUAUACCGCAUAUUAUUUUACUAUGUCUCUAUCUUUUUCUGUCUGCAUAUCUCUCAAUCACUUUCUCUUUUUUUUUUUUUAAAUCAUUGUCCAUGGGACAUCAUUUACUAUUUUGAAAUGUGCGGUCGUCGUCUCGAAUAUGUUUGACUGAAUGAAAGGAUUUUUUUUUGUGUGAAAGCAAUGUGUGCGUGAGUGAAUGUAGUUGAUCGAAGAAUUUAUUGUGUGCUAUAUUUUUCACCGUCCAAGCAAAAGCUAACUUAUAACCAAAAUGCACGAAUAAAUUCAUUUUAAGGACGACUUUAGCUUUUGUAUAUGUGUAAUAUUCUAAUUGUAAAUUUAGAACAAAAUAAAAACUAUUUAAAUAAUGCAAUGAAUCAUUUCACACAUUCGUUCAUUGACGAGAAAUGAACGUGAUGAAAGACGCUAAAAUAUACAGGACACUAGAAACUACGAGAAAUAUAUGUGUAACAUAAAA